GCCCGCCCCAGAAAAAUGGAGACCUCCUUCCUCCCGACCGCGCGGCCCCUCCCCGCGUUCCAAACCCUAGCAGCGGCCCCGCGCUGCCCCCGCCCUCUGCGCCGCUCCACCAUCCGCGCUGCCAUCUCCCGCGGGCGCAAGGAGGACACGGUCGCCGUGGUCCGCGAGCAGCUGGAGGGGUGCUACCUCCUGGCCGGCAUCCGGUACGAGGGCCUGACGGUGAAGCAGUUCCAGGGCAUCCGCGACGCGCUGCCGGAGUCGUGCCACCUCCUGGUGGCGAAGAACACGCUGGUGGGGAAGGCCAUCGAGGGCACCCCCUGGGAGGCGCUCAAGCCGUGCAUGAAGGGCAUGAACGCCUGGCUCUUCGUCCACACGGAGGAGGUCCCCGUCGCGCUCAAGCCCUACCGCGCCUUCCAGAAGGAGGAGCGCGUCGAGGAGACCAACGACUUCAUCGGGGCGGUGUUCGAGGGCAAGUACUACGAGCCCGGCGAGUUCAAGUCGCUCGAGACCAUGCCCAGCCGCGCCGAGGUCUACUCCAAGCUGCUCGGCGCCCUUAAUGGGCCGGCCACCUCCCUCGUCACCACGCUGCAGGCGCCAGCCAGGGACGUCGUCGCCGUGCUCUCCGCCUACGUGCGCAAGCUCGAGGAGGAGUCCGGCGCCGGCGCCGGCGCCGCCUAGUGGCAGUUGCGAUAUGGUUGUGCCUCCUAUCCCCACAUCUCACUCUUUGCUUGUACAAUUCCUUGUACCUUUAUUACUGUCUCCCGUUUGAAUUGAAUCACAAGUUUUCCCCUUCA